UAAACCCUCACCGCCAUACGUCUCGGCGAGCGAGCAACCCGUCUGGAACCCGAGAAUCAAUCUGGUCGUCGAGGAGCGAUGCCGCCGUACAUGAAGACGAUCUGGCUCAUCGUCCGGUUGGCCUCCGUCCUUUCCCUGCUCGUUGUUGGAAGUGAUACGUUCUACGCGAGGAGCGAACCCGGCCAGCCGCCUGAAUAUUGCACGGUCUUCCACCACAUGGUGAAGAGCGGGGGCUCGACGAUCAAGCACAAUCUUCACAUAUCUUCACGGGCCGCAGGUGGUCCGAGGCCAGGUUCGUGUGUAGCUGGGGGGGGCAAGAGGAUCAACUCGUGCAAGGAAGCCUUCAAUUCUUCUGCGGUCAUCAUGGGAUACGCGGAACUUAUGAGGCAAGACGGCCCGUUGGAGGCUGUUCGAAGGGACUGCGAGUACUUCACGCUUUUGAGACACCCCGUCGAUCGCCUGGUCUCGGCAUUUUUCUACUGCCCAACAGACCACGAUCUGCAAUUGAGGCCUCCCAAGUGGUGCGGGUACGCCGACGACCCGUUGCCGGCGACCGAUCGCCUGUUGGAGUUCGCCCAGCAGCACUGGAAGAACAUGGCAUACAAGCAGAUGACGUUCGGCAUGUACUGUCCCCAUGGUCUCAUCUGUGAAGCGACGGAGGUUGAAACAGCGCCAGGUCUGGAUGAACCCCAUGGUCUAGAUGUUCUCCAAAAGGUCGAGGAUAUUUUGUCUGGAUACACUGCAGUGGGUAUUAUGGAACACUGGGACCUGUCUAUGCAGCUCUUCAACGCCCGUGUGCGGUCGCCGGUGCGUGAUUGGAACAUGACUGUGCGCAGCAAUGCGGGGUUGCCGUCCGAGCUUCGAGAUGAGGUGCUUCAAUGGGCUCACGACAGCCCUGUCAUUCACCGUUUGAUGGCAACAGAUCUGCUUUUGUAUUCCUUUGCGCUGUCCAUUUUCAAGCGUCAGACGACGGAAUCACUCGGUACAAACUGGCUCGGCGGCUCAUCGAGGUGUUGA